CGACGCAUUGCACGCCAUGCACCACGCCCUUGCGGCCCAUUGUUGACUUGCGCGCUCCUUGUCGACCGAGGAAACGAACUCGUAUUGCGCGCGACGCAGAGCGCUUGCCGUUUCUGCUUCUCUGUAUAGAGUACUUGCAUAUACCCUUUCCACACUAUAUUAUAAUCUUGCAUAAUGGAGCACGAAGACGGCCCCAACUUCUCUUACGCGUACGGCGACAGGCGCCCCUCGACCCCGGCUGCAUCAUGGAAUCCCGCCCUGCGACCCCACCAGACACAAGAGGACACCUCGGCAACAAUAGCACAACCCGCACGGCCAUCGACACAGCAGACGCCCGCACAGCAGAUACCGGCGCAGUCAGAAUCCGAAGAGGAGGAGGAGGAGGAGGAGGAGGAGGAGGAGGAAGAGGAGGAGCAGGAGCAGGAGCAGGAGCACGAGGAGCACGAGGAGCACGAGGAGGAGGAUGAGUCAGAAGAUGAUGAAGAAGAAGAAGAAGAAGAAGAAGAAGAGAUUCAGGCAGCCCCAGCGGAAGCCUCCGUGCCCGCACCCGCGCCCGCGGCGCCUUCUGCUCCUGUUGCAUCCACUGCGCCUGCGCCCGCACCUGUGCGUGCUCCUGCGCCCGUCUCUUCCAGCGAGGAUACAUCUGAAGAGGACGACGACGACGACGACGACGACGACGACGACGAGGAAGAGGCACCUGCAACCGCCACACAGAGCACCGUACUCCCACCACAGCCGGCAACGCCAAAGCAGGCCGAUGCGCCGGUCGAUGCCACGCGGGGCCUCCAUAUCCAGGGUCAAACACCGACGCAUGUUGGCCGAGGCCCAGCUGAGCCUUCUGAGUCGGAGGAGGAGAGCCUGUCAGAAGAAGACGAGUCUGAAGAUGAAGAGGCUGCACCGCAGGAACGUCCCGCUGAGAACUACGAGCACCAAGGAGAGACGACCAUCUUGGAGGAUGCUAUGAUCGAGAGCGCAAGCGUACCCCUGGUCGAAGAUACCGAGGCUGCAACAGACGACUGGGGUGCUUCUGAAGACCCCUUCGAUCUUGGCCCAAUCCAGCAAGCCCUACCGUUGGAGACUCCACUUGCGGAAGCAGUAGGAACCACUGUUGGCGACAACGUAAUUGGCAACACCUCUGUUGGAGGCAACGCGGGAGAGGAUAUCGACUGGGGCAACACGGACGCGCAAGAGGAUUUCUUUGGAGGUGUUGCAUCUCAGACCGUUGAAUCCGCGCAGCCCCAGACUGAGACGCCUGGAGCUCACGUGGUGCAAGAGUCAGAGCCCGCACCAGCAGCUAAAGAUGAAUGGGACCUCGACCUCGAUGACCUUGAUCUGGACGAUGAGUUUCUGCCGGACACCGAAGGCACGCUCGCACUCGAUCUCGACGAUGACGCUGGUUUCUUGGAAGACGAGCCUGCAGCCCCGGCACAGCAGCCUGCACCGGCAACGAGGUCUGUAUCAAGUACCGCAAACCGAUACGCACCACAGGCUGCACAGGCCGCAGCUGCACCGGCCGCAGCUGCACCGAUACCACCCGCCAACCCUUACGCGCCUGCAGGUGUCCAGUUCACGAAUCUUGCACCAGCCGCUCAGCAGACACCUGCGGCUUCCACUGGCACAAUCUACAACGGCUUUGGCCAGCCGGUGGCACAGCAACAGCCAGCUCGACCUCCAAUGGCAAGCUCAGGACAGAGUUUCGCCGACAAGUCGAAAGGAGGAUAUGCAUCGCCAUAUGAUCUACCGGACGAGAUUGUCACUACUCGGAGACGAGCAGCGCCUCGGGCUACAGUUCCCGCUGCACAACAUACUCCGCCUCCGCCGCCUCGAAGUAGCAGUACCACGUCGAAUUCUGGACCUCCAAGGCCAACGCUUCCACCAUCCAGCAUGACAGUCGCGAGCAUGUCUCCGCCCUCGUCAAGUCAAUCCACGCAGUCGCAAAUGACUGGUAUGCCGUCAAUGGCGCCCGCGAAGUCUGCAGCACCUGUCCGGGCACAAACGACGGAUUUCUUUGCUGAACUGCCUGUAACCACCAAACCGAAGAAGCCUUCAGGUCGCUACACGCCUCAACCUCACGAACAAGCUCAGCCACAGAUUCCUCAUGGGCCUCCACAGGUUGCUCAAGGACCUCCCCAGUAUCCUCCAAAAGAACGAGCGCCUUCAUGGUCAAGCCUACGCAACGAGGUACUUCCGGACUCAGGUAGUGCUCCAGCUCCAGCUCCAGCUCCAGCUCCUUUUAGACAGCCCGAGCAACUGCCCAUGUUUCCUGCACAACCUUCGGUGCUCGCAAGAACGAACAGCUUGCCGGUUCCACAACCGGCACCCCCCCAGUCAUCGAGAUAUUCCCCUGCGCCUCCGUCAGCAGCACCGGCAAACGCUCGAUACUCCCCUGCGCCUCCGCCAGCAGCACCGGCCAACGCUCGAUACUCACCUGCACCUCCAUCUGCGCCAGCAGCCAACUCAAGAUACUCGCCUGCUCCGCCCGGCCCACAAGGACCGGCUCAUGCUCGUUACGGGUCUGAGCCACCUGCCGGCCCUCCACGACCCCCCUCUCAACCAUAUGCGCCUCGCACCUCCAGCCCGCUUGCGUUCCCUGCUAUGCCUCGUCAACAAGAACAGCGUUCGCAAGCAGAAGCGUCGUUCGACCAUACGCCUGGCCACCAUGUUUCGCAAUCACUAGAGAAUGCUCCUCGUGCUCCCUUCAGAAGUCCUUUGGAAGGCGUCAGUGAGGUUGAAGAACGGGCGAUAGCCCCGCCGACAUCCCAACCACCUGUCGCUGGCAGGUCUAGCACACCACCCCUGCGAAGUUAUCCACCGUCCAACGUUGGCUCGCCCAGGAAGACAGGAAACUACACGCAGCAAUACCAAGCAUCACCUCCGCGGUCAGUCACGCGCUCGCCUGCAGCAAGCAUGAAGCCGGUUACACGGACGUUGACUGCAUCGUCAGAGUACCAAGGUUCCGCCUUCGGACUCAUGUCGCCGCCUGCUCCCGCGUACGACGAGCAGCGAAUUGCUCAGAAACCGAUGAACAGUAUUCCUCACCGAAGGCAGACGUCGCUGAACCUCGAGUACGAAAGCAUACCUCCUGCGGAUGAACGUGCUGCCGAUCCAUUGCAGCAGUGGAAAGGUGCCCCCAUCUUCACAUGGGGUUUGGGAGGCACUGUAGUCACUACAUUCCCAAGACAGAUACCUCGCUACGGUGGUGGCACGUCGGCACCGAUGGUCAAGCGCAGUCCUGGUGAGGUCAGGAUCCAAAGCGUCAAGGAGGUUCUGCCUGAGUCGGAGGAUAUCACAAAGUUUCCCGGCCCGCUCAAGUCCAAGGGCAAGAAGAAGGACGUCUCAGCCUGGCUUGGCCGUAAGCUUGAAGCUUUUGAGAGCCAGCGCAAGGAACCUGGAUUCGAGCACUCUAUGAACGAAGAUGAGCACAAGAGCUUCGACGACAAGUCUUUGCUCUGGAAGAUUUUGCAGGUAUUGGUUGAUAAUGACGGACGCCUGGAAGGCACUACCGCUGAGGCUGCUAUCAGAAAAGCUUUAGCCCCUGAGGAGGGUGAUGCAGCAGAUGCUGAAGGCUCAUUCUCGACGACAGCAGAUAUUGUUGGUCGAUCCAGAACCAACACUUUGCAAGCAGAACCUGUAGACCCCCAAGCAAUUGAGGAUCUCCAGAAGCUGCUCACUAAGGGUGAUCGCGAGAAGGCAGUCUGGCACGCAGUCGAUCAAAGGAUGUGGGGCCAUGCAAUGCUUCUCUCCUCCACGCUGAGUAAGGACAUCUGGAAGCAAGUCGUUCAGGAGUUCGUCCGCAAAGAGGUCAAGAAGGUUGGCGGCAAUCAUCAGGCUCUGGCGGUACUGUACGAGGUGUUCGCAGGCAACCACGAAGACUGCACCGAUGAGCUCGUACCGGCCUCGGCUCGUGCUGGCUUCCAGAUGGUCAGCACUGAUGGUGCAGGCGCAACGCCCAACGCACUGCAGGGCUUGGACAAGUGGCGGGAGACUGUGGCGCUGAUCUUGAACAACCGUAGUGACGGUGAUGCUGCGGCACUGCUGUCACUUGGUCGACUUCUGGCACAAUACAACCGUGUCGAAGCUGCACACGUUUGCUACAUCUUCGCACGCAGUGUAGCACUCGUCAAUGGGCCAGACGAUUCGCAGGCCGACCUCGUUCUCCUCGGCGCAGAUCACAAGCGGAAUCUUCUGGAGCUUGGCAUUGAGAUGGAACCGGUGUUGCUGACCGAGGUGUACGAGUUCGCUUUGUCGCUUUCGGCACCGACAUCGUCGUUCGUAUUCCCGCACCUGCAGUCAUACAAGCUUGCACACGCAUACCGAUUGGCCGAGUACGGAUACAGAUCCGAGGCGCAAGCGUACUGUGAUGCCAUUGCUUCAAGCAUAAAGGCGACCACCAAGCUUUCCCCUUACUGCAACGCCAGUUUCCUCGGAAGCUUGGACGAGCUGAGCAGACGUCUGUCUCAAUCACCAAAGGAUGGCUCAUCCUCAUGGAUCUCGAAGCCAAGCAUGGACAAGGUCGGCAGCUCUCUCCUGUCCAAGUUCAAUAGUUUCAUUGCCGGAGAUGAUGAUGAUGCUUCUGGCAACCCUUCGGCCGGUGCAGAAGUCGGUCCCUUCGCCAAGAUUGCCGGUAAUAGCCCAAGCAUUACACCCUCUCAGUCGAGCGCAGACCUUUAUGGCGCGUAUGCCGGCUUUGGAGUGCCUGCGGCUCAGCCCUCGGCCCCUUCGAACUCACGAUACGCUCCUUCGAACGCUUCGAGCGCGUACGCGCCACGAGUCUCGUCUGAGCAGCAGCGUUCGCGAUAUGAGCCCGAAGGACGACCAUCCAUGGACUCUGUUCGCUCCGUGUCGGACACCUACAUGCCUGCGUCACAGCCACCAAGCCCAUACACUCCGGGUCAAGCGAUGCUCAGUCCGACUAGUCAGCGCUUGCAAAGCAAAACUCAAUCGUACUCUCCACUUCGUCCCGAGCCCAAUGCUGCGCUUUCGUACGGCAGCCCAUAUGCACCUACUCCACCAGUCGAAGAGUCUGCUUCGGCUCCAGCAUUUGGCGGAUACCAACCUCCCCAGGCUAGCUUCGACGACCCUGCUUCCGUGAACGAUGAACAGCCCUCGGCUGGAUACACGCCAUCGAACAGUUACGAGCCCCCAACUGGCUCGUUCGAGGCACCGUCGUACACACCCUACGAACCAGAGCCUGAGGAGGAAGGGGAGAAGGAGCCGCAACCCAAGAAGAAAUCGUUCAUGGAUGACGACGACGACGAUGACGACCUUGCCGUUCGCGCCUCGGCUCUCAAUAUUAGCAGCGCAAAGUCGAGCAGCAAGUCAGACGCAGAUCGCGCAACAGACGAGGCUUUCCGCAAGGCAGCUGAAGAGGAUGCAAAACGCGAUAAGGAGGCUGCAGCCAACAAGAAGGGCUGGUUCGGCGGUUGGUUUAAGAAAGAUCCCAACAUGCCGCAACAGGGUCCAGGUCCAAUCAAGGCUAAGCUCGGAGAAGAGAACAGCUUCGUCUACGACCCUGAGCUCAAGAAGUGGGUCAACAAGAAGGCAGGUGCCACAGAUACAGGCAAGCCCGCCGCCACGCCUCCACCACCCCGAGGUGGGCCACCAGCAGCUGCCAGGAGCGCAUCAGGUGGCACACCAGCCAUAGGUCCUCCGUCUACGGGUCUGCGACCUCCGACAUCCAUGCCGCCAAGAAGCUCGUCGAUGCCACCACCCAUGGGCAUACCGUCUCGAGCAAGCACGCCUGGUAUUCUGUCAGAUAAUGAGGGUGCGGCGAAGUCGACGCUCGCACGACCACCUCUUGCUUCUGGGCCGCCUUCGCGACCUGGCACUAGCAUGAGCAAUGCCAGCAGUAUCGAUGACUUGCUUGGUGCAGCGCAGCCAAGGAAAGGUGCUGCGGCGAAGAAGAAGAAGGGAGGCCGAUAUGUCGAUGUCAUGGCUCAAGGCAACUGA